CACCGGACAAACGCUCAACUAUGCGAUAACGCUAGUGAUUGGAUGAGAGAACGCCUAAUUCUUACAAUGAUUGGAGGCAUAUUCUGUCGUUAAAUGUAUCAGGGUUUGAUUUGGCUUGAAAGAUUAGACGGCGGAUCUACAUACGGAGUACGAUAUUGUGUUGUUCGUGGUUGUUUAGUCUCAGCUAUGAUGAUACACGGCUUUAAAAGUAGCAAUCAAGAAUUCAAUUUUGGACCAUGGCAACUCACUGCAAUCAAAACACACAUCAUGAAGUCAGCUGAUGUUGAGAAACUGGCUGAAGAGAUGAGCAUGCCAUGUCUACCAGAGAUGAUGUUUGGGGAUAAUGUCUUGAGGAUCCAGCACACAUCGGGGUUUGGCAUAGAAUUCAAUGCAAAGGAUGCUUUGAAAGUAGUGAAAAAUAAGCAAGGGGCUGUAAAAGUUGCAUGUGCUGAGGAGUGGCAGGAGAGCAGAUCAGAUAGUGAGCACAGCAAAGAGGUUGUGAAGCCUUAUGAUUGGACAUAUACAACUGACUACAAGGGAACAUUGCUUGGUGAUAAUAUGAAACUUAAUGUUGUACCAACAACAGAAAGAAUAAACACAGAGAAACUGAAAGCAAGAGAGCAAAUCAUGUUCUUUGAGGAGGUCCUACUGUUUGAAGAUGAAUUACAUGAUCAUGGUGUGUCCAGUCUAAGUGUUAAAAUUAGAGUGAUGCCUACAAGCUUUUUCCUUCUUUUGAGAUUCUUUUUGAGGGUGGAUGGUGUACUCAUCCGAAUGAAUGACACUCGUUUGUACCAUGAGGCAGACAAGACAUUCAUGCUGAGGGAAUACACAUCCAAGGAGAGUAAAAUCAAUAAUCUUAGCCAUGUUCCUCCUCCUCUCUACACUGAGCCCAACGAGAUUUCUCAGUAUUUACCUGUUAUACAAACCAUUUAUGAAAAAUUAGAAUUUUCAUCACAACAAGAUAUGGAAGGAACAGCACUAGUGGGGACAAAUAGUCUGCUAGCCCCAUAAACAGCUUGCUUCAAAGCACUGUAUGCAAGAUAAGAGAGCAACUGGUAACUGCAUAACAUUCUACAAGAAAUAUUAUUUUAUACAUACAGAGGAUUAACCAGUUAUCUAUGUACAUGGAUUAAAUGAGCCUACUGGGAUACAAUAUUGGAUAUGGUGUACAAUAUCAGGCUAAUAAGCUUUAAUUUAAACUAUGAAAAAACCUGAGUCUUUGUGUCUAUUGGCAUUUCUGAAUAUUGACCUAAUUUCAGUUGAUUGCAUGCACUAUUGAUUACUUGGAUAGUAAUAAUUUGUUAAGCAAAAUUAAGAUGGAAAAAAAAAUAUUUUGAAAUGUUGAAGCUGAGCAAAUGUUUUGAGUAGAAAUAUGUUAUGAUUUUUCUAUAAUGUACAGUCAUCUAAGCUCCAUUAAUUUAUUAUAAGCCUGAA